GGCCGCGACCCGGCCUACCCAUUCACCUUCUUCCUCCUGCUCGCUGCCCUCUCGCCUCGUCUGCCUCCGUCCCUCCACUCCGCUGGAUGCAUCCGCCCCGUCGUCGCCAACUCCCUCCUCAAACUCUACUGCGCCCGUGGCCUCCCGCCCCACGCGCGCAAGGUGUUCGACCCGGGCGCCGCCUCAUCGAACGCAAUGUUGUCCAGGCAUGGGCGCAUGGCAAGAGCGGCGACCUGCGGCAGCGCGGGAAGUGUUUGCAAGAAUGCCGGAGCGGAACCUGGCGUUGUCUUGGAGCGCAAUGGUCGACGCGCCGCUUGUGCGUGCAGGGGAGUGAGUUCGACAAGGCGCUGCGCACAUUUGACCGGAUUAUGGGGGGAGGCUUUCAAGUCAGAUGUACCGGUGCUGGUGUGUCUUGGUGUGGUCGAGAGGGAUUGAUGGGUCCAUCGGUAUCUGCAAAUGGAGGGGUUGCAGGGAGGCAAAGGGAUGGCAUGGUUGAGGCCGCGCCGGUGGACAUGUACUGCAAGUGUGGGUGCGUGGAGGAGGCGUGGUGUGUGACUGCGUUCGCCGCCGUGAAUUGUGCUGUGGAAUUCAGUGACCAGAUAGCUUGCAAUGAAUGGCCAUGGUGAGCGUGCACUUGAGUUGUUCCAAAGGAUGCUCGGAAAGGGUUUUGUGCAUAACCAGUCAUCUGUUGCGGCUUUGUGCGGUGUGCACCCACACAAGUUGUGUGGAUGAACGGAAUUUUUUCCAGUCUACCCGGCACCAUGGAGGGCUUGCAAUGAUCUAGGCACCAUGGGUUAGCUGAUCCCCUUGGGCGUGCAGGAGGCUGAAACUGUGCUGUUGGAUAUGCCAAUGUAGACAUGCGCAUCGCAGUAGGGUGCGCUGAUGUCUUCAUGCCGGAUGCACGAUUAUAUUACUGUUGGUGAACUCGUGUAGGGAAGUGGCUCACUGAGCUAGAGCCACAACAUGAUGGACGUUAUGCCUUUCUGCUCAACUUCUAUGCAGUCAAGGGCCGAUGGGAAGAUGCAAGAGCCAUUCCGCAGAAGAUGGUGGAGCAGGGAGCCAACAAAGAGGCAGGUUUGAGCUUAAUGGAGUGAAAUGGUUGGUUCCCUGAGUUACACCCUGGAAAAUGCAGAUCUAUGCACUGUCGGAAGAUACUAAUAUCUCCUACUGGUGUAAGUGCUUGUGAGUGUGCAAGAGAAAAAAAGAGAAGGAUCUGCCUCGAGCCCUCAACGUCUGACAGUAGUGCUCUCUGUCAACUGGCUAUCUAAGGCGGCUUCAUGUUCUCCGGCGGCAAGAAUGCAAGCUAGCCACAUGAACCCCAUCACACUUCUUCUGCACAUGUUAGUGUUUGUUCUUCUGCUCCACUUGCUACCUACAGCGACUGCUGGUGCUGUUCAACUGCAACUUAUUGUUGCCAUAACAAGAACCUGAAGGAGAGGACGGGCAGGGUCUGACGCCAUGAAGGCAAAGCAAGCACGAUGUACAUGGCAGUUGGAUGAAGAUGAGGUUGAGUUGAGUUGACUUGUGGGCUAUUUAUUUGACUUGGACGAAGAUGGGGUUGAGGAGAGUUGGCAUAAAUCCUUCCCCAAAGGGCACAAAUCAACACAAGAAGAUAGAUACAUGGGUGCUACUGCUUUCUUGUACAUCUUGCUGUCCCUCUGGGUUCAGGAUGCAGCUGCCAUUCUUGGCUUCAGAAGAAGUGAUUUUCCCCAGGAUUUCGUAUUUGGAUCUGGAACCUCAGCAUAUCAAUAUGAGGGUGCUGUUGCUGAGGAUGGUAGGAGGCCAAGCUUUUGGGACACUUUCACUCAUGCAGGUAAAAUGCCAGACCAAAGCACAGGAGAUGUUACUGCAGACGGGUACCAUAAAUACAAGGAGGAUAUCAAGCUCAUAUCUGAGACAGGCCUAGAGGCCUAUAGGUUCUCCAUUUCCUGGUCAAGGCUCAUUCCAAAUGGCCGUGGAGCUGUCAAUCCAAAAGGGUUACAAUUCUAUAAUAACAUCAUAGAUGAGCUUGUGAAACAUGGUAUUCAAAUACACAUCACACUUCACCAUCUAGAUCUCCCUCAAAUUCUUGAAGACGAGUAUGGUGGAUGGUUAAGCCCCAGAAUUAUCGAAGAUUUCACGGCAUAUGCGGAUGUUUGCUUCAGGGAGUUUGGAGGCAGAGUCACUUACUGGACUACAGUGAACGAGCCAAACAUUGGUGCAAUUGCCGCUUACGGCAGUGGUCAAUUACCACCUGGUCGAUGCUCAGAUCCAUUUGGAAUAACAAAGUGCACAGCUGGGAACUCCAGCACUGAACCAUACAUAGCAGUUCAUACUUACUUAUUGGCGCAUGCAUCAGUUGCCAGACUGUACAGAGAAAAGUAUCAAGCUGUGCAAAAAGGAGUUGUGGGCAUAAAUAUCUACUCCUUCUGGAGUUACCCAUUCACAGAUUCCACCGCAGAUUUAGAAGCAACUCAAAGAUGCAAGGAUUUCAUGUUUGGCUGGAUACUAGAGCCUUUGGUGUUUGGGGACUACCCAGAGGUGAUGAAGAAAAAUGUUGGCUCUCGUCUUCCAUCCUUCACAAAAGUCCAGUCUGAACUUAUCAAGGGUUCUUUUGAUUUUAUCGGAUUAAAUCACUACUUUUCUCUCUAUGUGAGUGACCGCCAGACAGAACCAGGUAUCCGAGACUACAACAGGGACAUGUCAAUUUAUUACAGAGCUUCUAGGACAGAACCACCUGCUGGUCAGGGAGCCCCAACAAAUGUUCCAAGUGAUCCCAAAGGGUUGCAACUUGUCCUCGGGUACCUGAAGGAAACCUAUGGGAUAACUCAACUUUAUGUCCACGAGAAUGGUGUGGGAUCUGCCAACGACAGCCUUGAUGAUGCUUACAGGGUUGAUUACCUGAGCAGCUACAUGGGAAGCACACUAGAUGCAAUAAGGAAUGGGGUUAAUGUGAGGGGUUAUUUCGCCUGGGCACUCAUGGAUCUAUUCGAGCUCCUGGCAGGAUACGAGUCCAAGUACGGCCUGUACCGCGUGGAUUUUGAUGACGAAAGGAGGCCGCGGCAAGCCAGGCUCUCUGCUCGCUGGUACUCCAGCUUCCUGAAAAAGAAUGGAUCCUCUAUUCGAGUACCAAGGGUGCAGGAGGACCUGAGGUUGACGACCAUCUUCUAAUUUGGUGCUCCGGCGUCACAUGUAUGUAUGCACGCACCUGUCGAAGUCUAACAAAAGGCCACUCUAUUGAGCAGCAGAUUCUUCAACUUUAUUUUCUGAAAAUAAGGGGGCGUGAGAGGAAGAACUGGUAGCCAGACGGCCCGGGAAGAAGUAUGUUUAGCUGACUUGUGGGCUGUUUUGUCACUACAGGGGUGACUUCCCCGCUAUUUGUAGGAAUUGCAAGUCAAACAUUACAAGUGUAAGUUUUUUUUUUUUGCGGAAAUUACAAGUGUAAGUUGAUGGCGACGAAAACAACCCAAGGAACUAACCGAGGAUGAAAAAUACAAGUUCCCUUUUUUAAACUUAUGAAAAUUGGGAAGUUAAUUGGCUAUGGCUGUUA